AGCUCCAAAAGGCCAGCCCAGGCCCGGGCAGGUUCAGACUCAGACUGGACUGAGAGUCUGAGACUCAGGUCCUUUUGGAGAGCCCGUUCGAGUUACCGUCUCUAGCAUCUCCACCUCUUUCGUUGUUCUCCCCUCUCUCGUUCGCUCUCGUUCGCUCACCCCGUUUCGUUCGUAGGUUACCUAACUACUGUCUGUACCUGUUGUCGUGAGCUGCUGUAGUAUUGUUGCUUGUACUGGGCUUGUUACUCUCCUGUUGUUGCUCAAGCCAAACCAAACCGAAUCAUCUGUACCCGCCUCGGUCGCGAAACCCGCCCGCUACAACUACCUACUCAUCCCUUUCUCUUUGACUUGGAACAGUUUAGUCCCUUCUGGCCCAGUCCAUACCCAGUUCAGUUCAGUUAGGUUCCGUCAAGUCCAAGUCAAGUCAGUGCAGUGCAGCACGCUACGGAACGGUACUUGCUACGACAGGCUAUCCCCCGUCUAUUGCCCAACACCAGCGCCAGCGCCAGAACCAGGGCAGCACUCACUCUCAGUCUCAGACUCUCUACCAGGACGCUCCCCCCAUCAUCACCAUCUCAUUUCAGUCUUGGAUACCUACCUACCUUACUCUUCUAUUUCUAUUCUUGACCCUGCCAUUUUCUUCGCGGGAACUUUAACUGAAUUUUCUUGAACGCUGAUGGCCUAGGCCGUGAGUCUUGGGGGCGAUUGGGAUAUGGGCUACCACUUGCCUCACAACUUACGCUUGCGACCCUGCAACAACUGCAUCUGCAAUUCAUUCACUCUGUAGUCCCUUUUACUCUCUUCGACUCUUCUCGACUGCCCGCUUCAAUCAAUUCCCAGUUCUGCCGCACGGCGGCGGCGACAACGACGACGACAUUUCCUUUCUCGUUUUCCUCUCACAAUAAUAACCUGCUCGUUAUUUCCUUUUCUCCGUGGCCAAGAGGCCUAUUAACUGUUCGACAUGCCUCCGGACGUCGGUGACAACGACGCUGGCCAGUCGGCUCACGACUGGCACGAUGAUGCUCCGUCGCCAUCAGCGAGCAUCAAGUCCGACAAUGAUCUUGACGAAGACGGCAACCCACAACCCGGCGCGUCAUCCCAACCGAUUCAGAAGCGACGACGAGUCACGCGCGCAUGCGAUGAAUGCCGACGGAAGAAGAUUAAGUGUGACGGCAAGCAACCAUGCACGCACUGCUCUGUCUAUAGUUAUGAAUGCACGUACGAUAAACCUUCAAACAGGAGAAGAAACCCGGCCCCACAGUACAUCGAAGCCUUGGAAAGUCGACUACAACGCGCCGAGUCUCUACUUCACAAAUUUAUGCCCGAUGUCGACCUGGCCGACCCGAAUCUUGAUCCAGCAAUUCAGCAGGAAUUCCGCAAUCGCGAAAAUGCUCGUGCCCAAGCCUCCAAGGCUCGACAGCCUCCUCCACCACCCCAGCCUGAGCAUAAUGAAGCCCAUCUGACUUCAAUGAUCGAUUCCGUCGGCCAACUUGAUAUCGAUGAGAAGGGAAGUUUGGAAUUUCACGGCAACUCCUCCGGCGCUGUGUUCUUGAAACGUAUGAAGGAUCAUUUCCGAGGACUGCUUGGCUCGUCUUCGAAAGCGCCGUUUCUGCCUCGUGCCGAACGACCGGCUGGUCUGGAGUCGCCCUCAUUAUCAUCGGUCGGAACACCCUUCUCAGCAGUUUCAAGCUACCCAGAACUCCCGCCAAAGGACGUUGCCCGGAAGCUGUGCUAUUAUUCCCUCAGCUGCGCGACAUGUCUCGUUCGAAUCCUUCACGUUCCCACUUUCUACGAGCAAAUGGACAAGAUCUACGAACGACCACUAGACAAUCUAACCAAGGAUGAAACACAAUAUCUUGGACUAUUAUUCUCCGUCAUGUCUCUUGGGUGUAUGUACAACAAUCUCGACGAUAACGACCCAGGAAGCAUGCCCUAUCAAGAUGCGACGGAAGAGGGUCUCAAAUACUACAAUGCUGCGCGAUCAGUGCUACACGACGUCACCGAUUGCCGCGACCUCAUUUCAUUACAAGCUCUUCUAUUUAUUAUUCUUUUCCUCCAAGCAACCUCGAAUCUCAGCAGCUGCUAUUCUUUCGUUGGUAUUGCACUGCGCUCGUCACUCCGAAUAGGCCUUCAUCGACAUUUGCAGCAUGAAAAAAUCGAUCCCAUUGAGCAGGAAGUCCGGAAACGUGUGUUCUACGUGGUCCGACAAAUGGAUAUUUAUGUUUCUACAUUACUUGGCUUUCCUCUCCUCCUUAACGUGGACGAUAUCGAUCAGCCAUUCCCCUUGGAAGUUGAUGACGAGUUUAUUACACACACUGGAAUUUUGCGACCACCGCCUGGAUCACCAUCUUUCUUCCAAGCGUUCAACGCUCAUUCAGAGCUCAUGGAAAUUUUGGCAAAGGUCACGAAAUACGUCUAUCCAACGAAGGGAUUGGGCCAGACCGUUACAAAAGAGAACAAACCUGCCUCAACCUAUCUAAUUAGUUAUGGCCGCAUCAAGGAAAUUGAAGCUGAGCUUCAUUCCUGGUUUGAAAGGCUACCCCAGCAUUGGCGCCCAAGCGGUGAGGGGCCAAUUGAGACCGUUCGAAUCCGUCAUUUGUUGAGAUUUGCCUAUGCACAUGUCCAACUGGUGCUAUACCGACCCUUCUUGCACUACGUCUCUCCUCGUUUGAGUCAAGGAGGCAAGGUCGAUGAGCUAUCAUAUGCUUGCGCAGCCGCGGCCAUCAGCGUCUCUCGUAACAUUGUGCACAUUGGAUUGGAAAUCCGCAAACAGCGGGUUCUCAGUGGACCGUACUGGUUCAUGCUGUACACUGAGUUCUUUGCCGUCCUAUCCCUUGUGUUCUAUGCUACAGAAAACCCUGAGAAACCUGGUUCUGGCGAGGUUUUAGCAGAUGCUCGAGCUGGAAGACAAAUGAUUGCAGCCCUGGCAGAGAAGAGCAUGUCCGCCGAACGAGUUACCAGUGCCCUCAAGGCUUUAUUCGAUCAAUUACCAGAGCAAUUGGAUGCUGGAGCGAUACGACAAGCCCCUUCAAAGAAGAGACCCGCCCCUACAGGACGGCCUUCUUCUGUUUCGUCUCAUCACACUCCAAUUCCCGCAAGCAUGUCCUCCAUAGGAACGACAGAUUUCACUCGUGCAAGUCAGAUGUCAACAAGCUCGUAUCCUACGACCUUGUCCCAAGGAACAAUGGAUCUGCCCGGAGGAGGCAUGACAGCCUUCCAAGAUAACACUUUCUCAGCCAAUUUUGGUGAUUUCAUGUCUCCCGAUUUGCAGCGAAGCACCCCAGAGUCGACCAGCAGCGCAGCGACAAGUACUCAGCGCUAUCCAUACACAGGGCAGCAAAUGGGUAUGCACAACCCCGUCAACAAACUCGACUCGCUCAUGUUCCCGUCUGAGGAUCCUUUUGCCUAUCCAAACCAACCUAUGAUGGAAUUGGGAUUCCCGGGCAAGACAGACCAGCCCACCACUAUGGGAGACCAGAACCAAGAUAUGCAACUCUUCUUGACUGGAACUUUCGACGAUGUGGAAAGCCAGAUCUUCGGACAACCACCGCCCUACAUGAUGCACCAGCAGGGUCAGCCCAUGAUGAGUGCACCAGGCCACCAACCUAUGUUUGCCAAUCCAUCAGCCAUAAUGGGAAUGCAGCCCGGUCAACCGAUGAUGCAACAACGGCGGCCAGUGUCACAAACGCACGCGAUUCAUCAAGGGCACGCCAUGUCAAACCGACGAGCGCACGCACAACGGCAUCAAGAAAGGCAAAUACAACAAAUGUUUACGGAACAGGGCAUGCAGGCGGAUUGGGGAGGCUUCUUUGGCUCUGGAAGAGGAGGAUUCCAAGGAAUGUAACGGUCGCUCCAUUUGAUACCCACUCAUGAUACGGGAGGACGGAAAGCGCGCGAGGCGUCGGCUAGUGAUUUUCAUCUUGAUUUUUAUUUCAUGGGAGAAGCGAUUUUGAUUUGGAACGGAGUGUUUGGACUGUUAAAGGGGCUAGGAUACCACGGUUGAAGAGUAUGGGAAAGGAAUGAUCGCGUUUUUAGAUAUGGCCAAUGCACAUAGACGGCGGCUUGAACUGGUGUACAUUUGGACAAACAUUGGAUUGUCUGUUGAGGUUGAAGACGAAGAUGAAGUGGGUGUGAACAGAUGAGGGAGGGAAGCUGAAUGAAAGGUGUAGGAUCACGGAAAAGAAGACUACUUGUUAGCACUGCAAUGAAUUCAGCUUUGAAUAUACAUUCAUCCAAUUGUAAUGAGACUUGCCAC